AUGGACUGCCACUUUGCUGUCUGGGGAGUUCUGGCCUUUCUGAGCUUGGCUCUGGUUGUGUCAUUGAUGCUGAACAUUGUGCACUGUAUGAAAAAGAAGCGAGCUACAAUGCACAAAGACUAUGAAGACAACAGUCCAAGCUACGAUGCCUCUUACACUGAAGAUGGCCCUGUUUAUGGCAAUCUCAAUCAAGGUAUUUCAGAGGAGUGUUGUUACGAGCAGAUGAAGUCCCAGCCUCAAAGACCACCUAACCAACUACAGGUGGAGCCUGCCAACCAGAUGUGUUAUGCCUCACUUGAUCACAGUGUGAAGGGAAAACGCAGAAAACCAAGGAGAAAGCAGGGCCCUUCAUUGCAGGGGGAUGAAGAAGAAAGAUCAUCCAACCCCACCAUGAGGGCUUCCAAAGGCUGCAUUUACCUCAACAGCGAGCAGCUGGCUGCUGAAAAUACAGGAAAUGUGGAAGCCAUUCAUGAUGAUCCUAUCAGAUUGAUGAGUUUGAUUCAUACUGCAAAAGGAGAGAACAUCUGA